AUGCGCGACAGAAUAAAGGUGAAACUCACAUCAUCAACUGCAGAUCAGCUGAUGCUACACGCACGGAAGGACUACCCGUUAGGUCAUAAUAUACUCUUAUUUGAUAUCAUAGAACCGCUGGCUCCGGACGGUAAAAAUAAUUCCACUGAGUUAAUAAUUGAAAAGAAAGAUUUCCAAAUUAAUGACGAUGCAAAAAACCAUGACUUUACAUUCAACACAAACGCAUCUGAAGACUACAAUGUGGCACAAGAAGUUAUUAUACAUACAAGUUUGGAAGAUCACAAUUACUCACGAUUCCAACAUCAGUUGAAAAUGCACUCCUCAGCAUUAUUAUUGGAAGAAAAAUCACUUCCUGAGGAAAAAAAUUUAACGCAAGAUGAAAACUCUAUUGUCAAAACUGAAACAGUUGAAUAG